UGCAAUUUAGCUUCAGUAAUUUGUUUUUGUGUUGGGGCAUUUGAAGCGUCAAUAAUUAAGAAAAGGACGGGGAAUUUGAAACAUCAAGUAAUCAACUGGUCGACAUGGCACACACAGCUCAAGUAGAGAUGAGUGAAGAUGCUCUUGGGAGUGACAGUGAAGAGGGUUCUGAUUCAGAAUGCUAUGGUACAAAUGUCAAACGUCUCGACGCAGCAGAAAGACAGGAAUUGAGAGACAGAGGUAUGGUUGUGAGAGAAGGCGCAUGGACAGGGCUAGAAGAUGAGCAGUUAAAAAAGAAUAUGACACUCAUAUGCAAAAAAUAUCGUAUAGAUGAGCCCAGAAAGUUGAUCUAUCCCGAUCAGUAUCCAGAUGCGAAGGAGACAAGAAAACUUGUUGAUGAAGAGAUGAUAUACAUGAAGCUCAGAAAAGGUAUCCAACGUCCGGUAUAUAAUGUCUACAUCAGAGCAAGAAAGAUCUUUGAUCCUCAAAAUUAUCUCGGAAGGUUUUCUGAUGAUGAGGUCAAGAUGAUGAAGGAGCUAGCCUUGAAGAUGGGAACAAGAUGGAGUCAAAUUUCCAAGAAGAUGGGACGCAGCGGCAGAUCACUGUGUGACAGAUACAAAGUCUCAGGAAAGAGAAAUUCUGGCUCAUGGUCUGAGGAGGAAAAGGCAAGACUGGUCAAAGUGGUCAAGCGUUUUUCCGGUUUCAACCAGGACCAGGAUGUGGAGAAGCUUUUCUUCAACAUUCCUUGGAGCAAGAUUCAGGAAGCCAUGAAAACCAGGAAUGUUCUGCAGUGCAGGAGAGAAUGGAUUAACAUUGUUUCCUGGGCUGUUGCUGACAAACAGUCACGCUACACCUCAAGAGGGCGCUGGAGGAUAGAGGAUAAUAUCCGACUGAUAGAAAGGGUUUACAACAUGGACAUUCAUGAUGAACAAGAUAUAGAUUGGAUGGCUCUACUCAAUGACUUCCCCAGGAUACCAUCCCCUCAGAAAUUGAAGUAUCAUUGGUAUAGGCUCAAAAUGAGGAAUAUCCCUAAUUACCGCUUCAAGACAUUUGAGGAAAUUGUCUGCCAGCUGCAUGAAUUCACCUUGCCGAAUCUGAGGGGGAGAUUAGCCCAGAAUGGGAGAAAUGUUGUCUCAAAGGAGAUUGUGGAGGAUGAUAGUGACUCUGAGAGGGAGGAUGCUGAGAGUCAAAGUAAUGAUAGUCAAAAUGAUGGUGUAGCCAUGACAACUGACAGAGGAAUCACGGGUGAAUCUCUCCCUGAUAGAAUGAACGAGCAAGGACAGGAUGGUGAUGAUAGUGACGACAGGAGAUCAGCUGUUCACACAGAUGAGGGUUCAAAUAUUGAGGUUGAAAGGGAGGAAAGAAACAAUGAUAGACAAUCAAAGAAACAGAAAAAGAAGAAGCGACAAAGAAGUGACAAAGAACAUGCGAUAAGUGACGCUGAUAAUUAACGAAAAAAGGAAAUAAACCUCAAUCAAAAGCAGCUGAACCAAGAAAUGUCCAAGAAUAUAAAUAUUGAAAGGACAACAGAUGAAAACAUUUUUUAAUAAAGAGGAGAGGAUAAUACGCAAUGAAGCAGAAGAUUAGAAAAGAAGAAUUGCAAAAGAUAAUUAUAAUGCCAUGUUGAAUAUACACUAACAAACUUAAUGUUAUUUAAGAAGAUUUUUAUGGCAGAAACGUAGGAAGCUACAGAUCAUUUUUUAAUUGGUAUGAUUGCUGCAACAAUUAUGUUAAGAAUAAACUCUUAUUGUGUUUAAAACCAAGUUAAUAUCUUUCAUUUCAUGUUUUCAAUGAUUUAUUUGAUUUUAUAAGAAGCAGCAAAAUUCAAGGCCUUCUAUAAAGUGACCCAAGACCACGGGCAAGACCUUUUUCAUGGACCUCAUAUUCAAAUACUAGUAAUGUAGAUGUACAUUAUGUUGAAUGUUGGAAAUAAAAUUGUCUUUUAUGAUGGGCUAAUCUCCUGAGCUAGUGCUGACUACAUACAACUAGACCUAAAUUCAUACGUUAAAUCACUAUGAAAGCUGAAGUGUUGAUUAUUUAAUCACCAGGUCAAUGUAACAUUGUUUAAUCCUAAGAGUAGGGAUUAAGUAAAUUCAAUAGAAAUUCUCAAUUGUUUGAGAACAAAUCCAUAAAUUUCCUGUUUUUUUUUAUAUAUCUGUUUACAUCCGGUUGUGAUGAAAUAGCCCAGG